AUGUCGCUGAACAUCGACAUCUAUCUGAUGUUGAUGGACCACCUUGACUCGCUCUCCGACAUAUCUGCGCUCAUGCGCUCAUGCAAGACCCUCUGCGCUCUGGGCGCGAAACGGCUCCUCCUCCCGGGAGUAACCAUUCGCAGUGACGCGGCCCUCGUGUCGUUCAGCCGCUUUAUGCUCCGGGAUCUCGCAGCCCGCAGCCCGCAUCUCCACCGACUCUUUCUCUGCAUAGAGCUGCAGCUCAUCGACGAUGACGGCUCGGGCUCCGUUUAUGCAUGCGACCCGGAGAUUAUCGAACAAGAGAUGCUCAAAGGCGGCAGGCUCCUCUACCGUGUACUGCGCCGUGCCACCUCACUGCAACACCUCACGGUUCAUUUUUGCGAGGAACUUUUGGAACGCGAGGAGUCACUCGUGGAUGCCCUUGUCGCCCUCGAAAGCGUCCGGUAUCUCCACAUCUCGUCAUACGGCCUGCGGGCACACGAAGUCGUCGCCGAAAUCCACUCGCCUCUUGUCCACAUCAACGUUGACUGUGCCUCCAGUGCAGACCAGGCGGUGGAAAUAGGGCAUGCCCUGGCACGUCAUCGAGAAACGCUGGAGAAGAUCACGGCCUGGGACGUCAACUUGCUGGUAGAGCUGGUAGAAGAGGACGACGAUAUCGUCUUCCCACGCGUGCAUUCGCUUUGCUUGCGUUCGUCCCUCACGCUCGACCUCUCAUAUCUCGUUGGCACCUUUCCAAACGUACGGUCGCUCGAAGUCGUCAACGUCUAUCUGGAGGACGGUUCCCCAUCAGAGAAUGCAUCACAACUGCGCGACAGAAAUCUCGCAACCACCGAUACGUGGUGCGGCUUGGACUAUCUGUGUGGGGACGAGUGGAGCAUCUACAUCCUCGGCCUGCAAUGCCCCGUGAAAAGGCUCGACGUGACGCUGGAUGGCAUGGGAUGGCUGGGCCCCCCUGUGGCGAACGUGAGGCCUACCCAUUUUCUGCUGCACUGUGGGUUCGCGGAGGAGGCCCACUCCGGUUCUUUCCUUUGGGAACUGCCGGAAGAGCUGGUUGGUAUGAACGGAUCUAUCACACACCUCGGACUUGAUUUGUGCACCAACGGGCUCGAGGCAGAUGUGGGUGUGAUCAUGCCCUCCAUCAUCCGCUACAUCGCAGCCGCCUCCAGUCUCACCUUCUUCGCACUGCGGAUGCGCGCGCUCCCACUCGAAGAAGAGUCUGCGUACGCGCGCAGCGAUUCCCGCUACCCGACGGCUCCUGCGCUCCCGCCCACCACCCGAAAAAUGCUGCGCAGUCUCGGAGGGACCGACGUCCUCCCCAUAUGGGUACGCGGUAUGGCGAAGGCGGCGCCCGCGUUGCAGUAUAUCACGUUCGAUCUCGAGGGGUAUGCGCCGAGCUGCUGGCAGAUUGUCGCGUCAGCGGAGGACCCGAGUCGCAUCGUCGUGGCUCCACUUGACCAGGAAGAGGGGGAGGUCAUUGCACGCGCGGAGGGGAUGGAGUGGCGCCGUCGCGAGCCUGAGCCUCCGCGGUUCGACGAGGACAAAAUGGUCGAGAGGGGUAUCCCAGAUGAGGAGGACGAGUGGGCGCGAAAUGAAGAUUGUGAGGACUCUGAGAGUGAGGACGAUUCGGAUUGA